AUGGAGGAUUAUCUUGCAUCACCGUACUGGUAUCUCAACGAUCCGCCCAUUGAUAUUGCAAUACGUGCCAUGGCUACCACAGACUUCUGGGCUGCCCUCACACUCAUUGUUCCAGUUGCUGUCUUUCCCAGGUUGAUUGUUAUUUCUUAA